UACUUCUCCGCGAAGUGCCCGAGAGUGUACGAAGCGUACCAGUGAAUUUGGAAAACAACGUUGAGAGUCAUACGAGAACAUCGCUGAAGAUGACCGAUGAAACGAUUUCGAUAACACUCCGGCGUGAAGUUCAACGUAUUCCGCGUAAUUGGACGAACAACGCACUGUUUGAUUUGAUUUUUUUUUCCCACAGCUCCGCACAAAACUCCCGCCGCACCGAUGACCGUCCGUCGAUUUUUGAACCUUAUCGUUUUCGACCGGAUGACGGCACGAACAACCGGCGACGCGCUAUCAACGUUCAAAGUGUUUGCGUUCAAAUUACACAUUCGGUUCCCAUAAAUGGUCUUGUCGGCCGUCCGAUCGCCGCAACGAUCAUCGCAUUAUCGAUACGAUUCCUGCGUUUGCCGUCCGACCACCGAAUAGAUUCAAUCUGUCCGACCGUUGCACACCGAACGGUGACGGACUAAAUCGCUCGCGAUCUCGCGCCGUUGCACUGCGAUCGGAAAUUAUUGUCCCCGGCACUUUGAGUUAUCGUCCGUGCGCGCGGGGGAGGGGAUAACCGAUAUACCGAUUUCAGCAGCUGCUGCUGCUGCGUUCGGCUCGGCGGACUCGUGAUAAGAAUUUCGAUUUCGUAAUAAUCAUAAUAUUCUUCACGCAGUUCCACUCGGCGGGGUAAAUUUCUCUCUAUUUUUACUCUGUACUCUGUACUCCACACGCCCGAUACCGUGUUCUUUAUCCGCACCCGCCUUUGUACUUUUAUGGAUGACAUGGCUGCGGAAGCGAGACCGAACGCGUAAAACGUUAUGCUUCCUGUGCCCCCCACAACGUUUACUGCCGUUUCCUCGUUGUCGUCCGCCUAAAUACCUAACCGUGGUUUUCAUUUCGCAAUCGUUCUUUAGUGCUUUUCCGUCAAACUGGAGGAGAACAUGGCCCAUCCUAUAAUCGGGCAGAAGUCGACGCGAAGAAAACAAUGGACCUUGCUGAACCGAACGCAAAAUCGCUACAAUCGAUUUGGAAGUUUCCUAGCAGAAGACGGAUGGCCAGAUUCCCAGGUCGAUCUGGCUAAGCAGUUAUUGAACGAGAACUGUGAAGAUGAAAAAGAUCAAGAAGAAAAUGCUAGUUUAGGGGUUUAUUGGCUGAUAAAGGCUUCAUCACAGGGGCAUAAAGAAGCAACUGAACUUUUAAGACAAUGCUUAGACACUGGAAGAGGUAUAACGGAACAUAAUUGGUUGGAUGUCAAAGUUUGUCUAGAAACUUCUCAAGAAGAUAAAAUCAUUCAAAAAACUGCACAUGAAAUAUUUGAUAGAAUGUCAGCUGGAGAAGAUUUUAUAACUAGUGACCAAUUAAAAGAUGAAUUAAAUGAAGCCUGUAGUAGUACAUCUAUUAGUUCAGACAUAAUAAAAGUAGAUGAAAACUCCAAAGAAUAUAAACGUUUAAAACUAUCACAUCAAGAUUGGAAAUCCAGAAUAAAUGAAUCUGGUGAAAAACUAACUGAAGACGUUUUAGUGAAUGCGGCUAAAGAUUUUUCACGUGGGCAAAUGCCUUUGGUGCAAAAAUUACUUACUAUAGAAGGAAACAAAAAUGCCAUAUCAACUACCUGUGAUUUAUUUCUCCAACCAGUGUACAUUAUUCAUAAUUAUAAUCUUAGUCUUCAAGAGAUAUUGAAAAAACGAUUUUCCAAGUUGCCAUUAAAUCCAUUCUCAUAUUUUCACGCCCCUACAUUAUUAACAACAGUUCUCUGUUUCAUAUUGGGUGUUGAUGGAUUUAGUUUAUUAAUUCCUUAUAUUCUAUUUUAUGGAUCGUUAUUUUCAAUGGUAGUUGCCACUGUGUGUGCAUUAUGUGCAAAAAGAGAUUAUGGACGGUUCCGUCGAUGGUCCAAUUUAUUCAUCACGUACAGUGGGGGUUGUCUCAGUGCUCAAGAAGCAGAAUAUCAAUACUUGAUGAACACUUUGAAGCCAUAUGUUUUUUUUUUCGCAUCAUUAGGAGUGCACUUAUUUAUGAAAACUAUAAUUGAUUCGGACACAAUGUUUCAAUCGGAGUUAACCAUUGUAUCAAUUUGUUUAACAUUUUAUACACUUUAUUCUUUUUCGCUAUGUGGUCCGAAAUUAGGUAAAACCAAAACUAUUGAUUUGAUUGCAUUAUUGUCUUUUUGCGUCAAUGUCUUAGCAAAAUAUCCAUAUGAAACUGAUAUGGUAGUUAGUAAAGGCUGGAGAUUUCUUGAUUUACAUGUACCAACUUUUGCAUCUUAUGUUAUCGGUAAUGGGGUUGAAUUUUGUCUCAACUUUAGAGCCUUAUUCUAUUUAAUAUUGCCUACAAUAAUGGUUAAAAUGGCUGCCCGUAAUAAUUGGAGAGGAAUUUAUACAGAUUUGAUACCACAUUGCAUGACACUUUCAUGGUGGCAAAUGGCCCUAGUCGCAUCACAAGAAUCUACUUGGUAUGGACUGGUUCGUAGUAUAUUAGCCUUGGUCUGUGUGUUUAUACUAUUUCCAAUCACUGGCAUUUUCUUACCAUUUGUCACUAUUGGCAAUGAUUUUGAAACUGUUUAUCAGAUUAUACAACCACUUGUUGUUUUAAUAUUUAUGUGGCUUUUACAUAUAAUUUUGCAAUACUUCAAGCGUAGAGGUUUUAGAACAGAUACUUUUUAUACGUAUUUACAGGUUGUUGUAGUCUUAAUUGGUAUAACAAUUUGUGUUUUCAACAAUUAUGAACGUAUUCAACAGUGGAUUGAGCCGCCUGCUGAUCAUCACUUAACGUACAAUGAGUUUUCUGAUUUUUGUAAUAAAGAUAUUGAUAAAAAUACUCAAGUAACUACUGUAUUAACUGAUAUUGAUUGUUCACAAUUAAUUGGACAAAAUGUGCAAUGGAAUGGUCGUAUAAAAGCUAGUAAGGUUGUGUCAGUAUAUAAUCCAGUCUUAGCUAUACUGAGUUUCUUUCCAAAAAUUAUAGCUAGUCCAUUGACAUGUUUAUUGGGUAAACGCUUUUCUACAUGUUCUGAAAGUUAUGGUUGCAAUGUGAGCUCAAAACUAUUAGAUUUGUGCCAUGUAUCUGAAUGGAAUCGUUUUACCUAUGAAAUAGAAAUAAAAAUGAACAAUGACAGUGUUUGGGGUAGCAGUGAAGAUAUAACAACACUGUUGACCAACAGUCAAGACAUUAUAAUGGAUAAUGCAACAAAAAGCUUAAGAGAAAAUGAUCACAUAUGGUUUUCCGGUCAGCUUACUGGUAAUAAAUUUGGUGUAUUAACAGCUAAAAAUCCAUUUGUUAAAGCAUCUGCUGUUGGCUGUCUGUCGUGUUCCAAUGUGAAAAACCUCAAUAAUAUAAGACAAAAAUCAUUUGAUGAUAAAUUUGUCAAAUGCGCUAAAAGACUGUUACAAUUCAUUUUAUAUCCAAUUGUAUUAUUUAAAUGAUCUGAGGAAAAGUAAUCAAUACUAAAAUCCUACUAAAAUCAUAUAUUUAGUUAACACUUAAGGUUUAAAAAAUAUUUAUUUUU